AUGGUAUCAAAAAAACCAGCUAAAGCUAAAAAAACCGGAACUGGUCCAGAUGGAAAGAAAAAAAGAAAAAAGUCAAGAUAUGACAGCUAUGGACUUUAUAUCUUCAAAGUUUUGAAACAAGUACACCCAGAUACUGGUAUUUCAAGAAAAUCCAUGAACAUCAUGAAUUCAUUCCUUGUUGAUACUUUCGAAAAAAUUGCAACUGAAGCUUCAAGAUUAUGCAAAUAUACAAGAAGAGAUACCUUAUCAUCACGUGAAAUUCAAACUGCCAUAAGAUUAGUUUUACCAGGAGAAUUAGCUAAACACGCAGUUUCUGAAGGAACCAAAGCUGUAACAAAAUUUACCUCCAAAUAA